AUGGCCAACUACACCAGAGGCAAGCUAUCUUUUGUGAAGGACCGACUACCGGCAGUGUCGGGGCUGGCCAGUGUCGUCCAACAGCGGACUUCGACACAACGUCUCGCGAUACUAGGAAGUCAUUUGUCACCUUCAUCGCUGCUCAAGUCAAUACCGAGAACCGCGAAGUUAACCAAGUCCGGCAAAGAAGGCAGAUGGGACGUCCGGACGUCUUCUGGCCGCUGUCACCGCGGAAUAGGAGGCUCCUUUGACGAGAAGAUGUUCUCGCUAGGCCUAGUUCCCGGUCUUGAAGAUCUGGAGUCCAUGAAGUUUUCCGCCAUCGAGCUCGGCGUUUUCGACUCUGGCGGGCGUGGUCAUAAUGGAAGAGAAUGCGGGCUCCUCCUCCCGACCGACAACGGACGCUUCCGCCGUGUCGACCUUCUCAAUAGCUCUCGAUGUCUUAUUGCAACCGGCGAUUGA